AAGAAAAAGAAAAGAUGUUGGAGUUGCUAGCCUCUAUAUAGAAAGAAGUUGGGUAAGUAACACCACAAUUCACCAAUAUCAGACAAAAUCUACAUCGUUGUAUGUUAGUUAGACAUGGCAACCACAGUGAGGCUUGUUUCACUGCUUCUCAUGAACCUUGUAAUUUACAUGAGCAGCACCGCACAAUGUUCCAUAACCAAACACGCAGACCCUAACCCUGCAGAGUUCGUGAAGUUGUCGUGCAGGGCAACACGGUACCCUGUUUUAUGUGUCCACUCGCUGUUGGCCUACGCAGGCGUCAUUCACCGAAGCGACCGGCAACUUGCGAUGACGGCUUUGUCGGUGAGUAUAUCAAGGACCCGAAAAUUCCUGAAGAAGAUGUCGAAAGCGAGAGGCAUGAAGGGUAGGGAGUGGAGAGCUGUGCAAGAUUGUGUGGAGACCAUUGGUAACAGCGUGGAGCGUCUCAAGCAAUCGGUUAGGGAGUUGGGGCGAACGGGGUUGGGGAAAGACUUUGCAUGGCACAUGAGCAACGUCCAGACAUGGGUUAGCGCUGCCUUAACCGACGACAACACUUGUCUCGACGGCUUUGCCGGUUCCGCCAUGAACGGAAACGUGAAGAGCGAUAUAACGGAGAGGGUUGUCCACGUUGCUCAAGUCACUAGCAACGCUCUCGCCUUGGUUAAUCGCUUUGCUUCCACCCACGCUACUCACUCUCCUUAAUUUGCUCUUUCUCAAAUCCUUUUCCAGCUAUUUCAUAAGUUUCUUGUCUUUCUCUUCUCUCUUCCAACGUGACACUCUUCUCCUAGGUCUAUAUAUUUGGUCUUAGGUUGUUUCCCUGUAAUGCAUGUGGUUAAAAA